AUGUAUCGAUUGUUCCAGAGUUCUCAAAAUGAAUUAUACUCCGAUGUAAUUUAUUAUAAUAUGGAUAGGGAAUCUGGUGACUUAAAUCAUUAUGAUAAAACAUGUAGUAAUAUAAAUGUAAAUGAAAAUAAAGAAGAAAUGAUACGAAUUUGUAAAAAGCUCCUAAGAAAUUUAGAAAAUUUCACAUCAUGGUUUAAAUCAAAUACUGAAAAUGAUGACUGUAUUCUAUUAAAUUAUUGGGUAUAUAGUAGAUUAGUUAGCAUUUGGGGUUCUGAUAAAUCAAGUACUAUUAUGCCUCCUGUUGCCGAACUCCAUAUGAUAUGGAAUGAUUUUAUUGGUAAAUCAUCAUAUACAUAUCUCAAUAAUAAAUGUGAGCCUGAUAUGAAAUUACCUCAACAUGUUGACUGGAGGAAAAGAAAGCAAUUAUAUGAUUAUUAUGUUGAUUAUAAAUUCCUUGUUUCUCUGACUAAAAACGAUCAUGUAAAAUGCAAAAAAUAUUAUGGAAAAAUUGAAGACAUGAUUUCCGUAUAUAAAUACUUUGAAGAUGUGUGUACACAAAGACCAAGAAAUUGUCCAAUUUUCUAUAAUCAAUGCAAGCCUUAUAAUCCUAAGGAACUGCUACCUACUCUUAUAUGUUAUAAUCAUAUUGCAGAAGAAAAGGGUUCAGAAUCUACAGAUUCUGUAAAUGAGAGUUCUUUGCAUAAUCCAACAAAUGGUUCACAAAUUAGAGCCGACGGAAGUGAUUCUGGGUUGCAAAGUGAUACAUCCAGUACUCAAGAUACACAUAUGACACCUCAGAGGCUUGGAAUUGGAGCAAAAGUUACUAAUUCAGUUCUUGGUGCAGCUCAAGUUUUAGUAACUGGCACUUUGUUAUAUAGAAGCUUCCUUGUAAACAAAUUGAUUUAA